AUGUUUGGAUCUAAGGUAAUUUCUUUUUUAAUUUUGUUCAAUGUAGUGUUUUUCACUUGUGCUUCAUCUCAUAAUAUACCAUGCCCUCCAACACCAACAAAAGCACCAUCCAAGUGCCCCAAAGAUACCCUAAAGUUUGGUAUUUGUGGAGAUUGGCUUGGGCUAGUUCAUGAAGUCAUUGGGGCAAAACCAAGUAGCAAAUGUUGUGCUCUUUUAGAAGGAAUAGCAGAUGUUGAAGCUGCUUUGUGCUUAUGCACUGCCAUAAAGGCAAAUGUUUUGGGUGUCCUUAAGCUUAAAGUUCCUAUUGCCAUCAGUGUAGUUCUGAAUUCUUGUGGAAAGAAAGUGCCUAAAGGCUUUAAAUGUGCUUAAUUAGUAGCGUAUGCAGGAUUUUACGCAAG